AUGGAGAAUCUUGCAAAUGAGGCGCAUGCCUCUCUGAAGGCAUCUCACACUCCUGUCGAAGAGAAAUUGAGGCAUCUCACCGCCCUCAAGCAAGAGAUCAAACACCGCUCAUGUCCCGACCGUGCCAUACCUACCAUCUUUGAUGUCAUACGUCUCUCUCUUGCGGUCCCUCACGUCGUGGACGCUGGAUUCUCAAUUUUGGGUCACCUCAAUCGCCGCUUGACUCUCCAAAACCUUCCUUCCACGAUUCAUACCUACACCGUCAAACUCUUCCCUAUACUUCACGACAGGCUUGGCGAUCCAAGAGAUCGGAUUCGCGAGAGAGCGAUCACGGCUUUUACUGACCUAUAUUCGGUCUCAGAGGAGGCCUCAUCGGAUGUUGAGCGCUUUGUUCGCGACACUGCCCUAACAUCCAAACAUCCCAGAGCCAAAUUAUCAUCGAUGCAAUGGAUCUUACAGACGCACAAGGAGAAGGGAAUGCUCUUCCGAAGCUUUGUGCCAAAUAUUGUCAAUUGCCUUGAGGACGCUGAUGGACAUGUUCGAAAGGCUGCUCAGGAAAGUGUCAUCGAGCUCUUUACAAUGACUAGUGACACUCCGCUGAAAUCAAGGCAAGACCUACAGAAGAAAAUGCGAGAACGUGAUGUACGCAAAAGCAUCGAAACCCACAUACUCGUCGAACUUGAGAUAGAUGUAAGGCCACGAGAGGUCAAUCGAUUCGAGCAGCCUCCAACCCCCGUCUCUCCCCCCACUGGGACACCUCGAGUUGAAUUUGCAUCAAAGACACACCAAGAUAGGCGCGUACCUGUCUCGCCUGGAGCCCAAAAAAGAAAGCUCGCCCCAUCGAAGCUUUCUCAAACCACUAAUGCAAUUUCUGACGAGGUUCCACCACCAGAAGCCCAACCCAUGUCAAUCUCACAACAGGAGGCUGCUUCACUGACUCCAGUGUACAUCGAGACGUCUCGAGACCUCGAAGAAUUUUUCCGCGAAAUGCAGCAGUGGUUUGAAGGUAAAGAAGCCGAAUCCAACUGGCUCAAGCGAGAGAAAAGCAUCGAGAAGCUUCGACGUCUAAUUAAAGGCAACGCACCUCAGGAGUAUACGACGCUUUUUAUUGCUAAUGUCAAAUCUAUGCUUGACGGCAUUCUGAAAGCAGUCAACUCUCUUCGGACAACACUUUGCACAAUUGGAUGCCAUCUUGUACAGGAUCUCGCACGAGUCUGCGGACCAGCAAUGGACGGUAUGGUAGAAAUACUCUUGCAGAAUCUUGUUAAGCUCUGUGGAAAUACCAAAAAAAUUGCUGCCAAUAAAGCCAAUGACACAGUCACCGCUAUUAUGCAAUACGUAUCCUAUCAUAACCGCCUAUUACAGCAUAUCCACAUGGCUUCGCAGGACAAGAAUGCACAGCCUAGGACAUUUGCUUGUGGCUGGCUAAGAAUUGUUCUUAGCAAUCACUCCACCUUGAAGACCAACAUUGAACACACCGGCGGUUUGGAACUAGUCGAGAAAAGUGUCAAAAAUGGUCUCAAUGACAGCAACCCAGGGGUUCGUGAAAGUAUGCGACCAGUGUACUGGGUAUUCGCGAAAAUAUGGUCGGAAAGAUCUGAAGCUAUCAUGGCAGGUUUAUCUCAAAGCCACCAAGACCUGCUAGUGAAGAACUCUGCAAAUCCAAAUCCGCAACAAUCGACAUCUACUGCUGCUGCUGCUGCUGCUGCUGCGGGACCAAAAUCGACUUUCUCCAAAAGUGCAGGCGCUGCAUCCACCCGACCUUCUAUCAAGGAAACUAUAGCGGCCCAAAAGAGAGCUAAAGCAGCUAACAGAGACCUUCCACCGCGUCCAGGAUCGGCCGCUGAAUCAUCUGUGUCACCCAUUAAACCUGCUCCACCAGCUAGGCCAGCCACGUCCAUGUCUACAACUCGUCAGCCGUCAUCUCAUUCAAUCGGCACACUUUCAUCUGCACCAGUACGACCACGCCGUGGACUCCACACAGCCAAGGCGCCCACGGAAAGCCAUGUCGACACUGAGAUCCGCCGACAUAAGGAACCUUCCUGGGAGGAACUUCCUCUAAGACCAAAGGCUGACACACCAUUACCACCUAUCGGCGCUGAGAGAGACGCGGAGAUAAAAGCACAACAUGAUGCAAUGUUAGCCUCCACGCGUAACACUGUCAAGGAAGAAGCCUCAUCAACAAGAUCUGCUAUGCCGUCAUCCCUGAUGCAUGAUCCGGAAGAGGUAUCUGACACGAGAUCGAAAGCAGACAAUGAGCUAGUAGCCAAUACUAGCAACAUACCGCCAAAGACCGCUGAGAAGUCGCUGAGAAAAGAUCAGAAUCAGCCCCAUGAGGAAUCUUCGUGGGAGGAGGCCGAUAAGGCAUUGCCAUCUAUUCAUAGCAGCGUAGAGGUCAAACAACUAGACAAGCACUCUCCAGAGCGAUCUCCAAAGCGCCCGGAAAGAAUUUCGAUGAGUCCUCGCAGUGUAGUCAGUCGGAAAGAAAAUAUGCAACCAAAGUCGCAAACUCCAAAAUCCUUGAAGGUUUAUGAGGAUCCUUUCCCCAGUGGUUCCACGGUUGCUUCACCUAUAGCAGACACAUCGUCUAGACCACGAGCUCUUGGUGAACUACCUGUCAAUGAACCUACAAACAAGCUUCGCCAUACCGAUGAUAAUAACUUUAAGCUCAAUCGAGAAGAAUACCAACACGGCGUGCCGGAGCAUUACAAUCUUGAGUGGAGAACGCUUCAAAAACGACAGCUCUCUAAAGUCAAGCACGAGUCAGAUAAGAUGGAAAAUCCCAUGCUGGCACAGAAGAUCCUGAAGAGCGCCAUUGUCCGCGUACAAGCACAAUCUCUGGACAUACACGGGUUCCGAAAGUUACAAUCCGUCAUCUACUUCGCACCCCGAGCUGUUUGGGAAGAAGGCUACAAGGUACAAGAAAUAAUGGUUCCAUUGCUGGAACAUCUCGAAACCGAAAACGACUCUGAAGAUAUUCUCGACGUGCAGAAGGAGAUCGAUCUGAAGACACAAAUUCUCAUCACCAUUCGGAUGCUCUACCAAGAAUUCGAGCAUGAGCUGAGCAGCCUCCACGUACAGAUGUUAUGCUCCCUGAUAGCUGCACGGAGGUUCUACAACGAUACCUCCCACAUGGUGUCUGGCUUGCAGGAUACAUCGGAAAUCCUCGCCGACCGAGUUCAUCCAGCAGAAGCCGUGAACGCCAUCGUCGACGUCAUGCGAACAGAAUUCGAUCAUCGCCUCAGGACCAUGGGAUGCUAUGUCCUCGCCGGGCUUCUCCACCGCAUCCAUCUUCAGGGUAUCGUCGCCGGUAUGCUGGAUUACGAAGGACUAGGAUACAUAUUCUAUCACACGAUGAAGCAUACGCACCCGGAUGUCAGGCGGGCAGCAGUCGAAUACGGCUUGGAGUUAGAGCAUAAUGUCAACCCCGACCAGUUCCGCUCCUUCAUGAGUGGACUUACCGACGGGAUGAAAGGACUGUUCGCUUAUUAUCAGGCGAGGCACCGCUUGGUGCAUGUUACGUGA